AUGUUUAUUCUAUUUUAUCUUUCUGAUAAACCACUUAUUAAAUAUUUAAUCAAAAGAAUACUUUACUCUAAGAUAUCGACUAAAAAAAAUCUUUUUCUGGAGAUACUUUUUUCCAUAGGCGUUAUUAAAAGAACAAAUAUUAAUAGGUUUUUGGAUUACAUCCCAGAUAGAAGUCAAAAUUAUGUUUCUGUAACUUUAAACGAUUCUUCUUAUAUUACAAAAGUAAUUGAAUUAUUUAUGAAUGUAGAACUAGAAGAUAGGACAUCUUUUGAAUAUAUUUAUUUUUACAUUAUCAUUUAUUUUGAACUAGAAAUGUAUGUAGAUAAAUAUGAAAUUGCCAAAGAUAAAAGUUCUACGUUACUUGAAAAUUACUACAAAUUAUUAGAAGUAAAAAAUUUUUGUAAAGAUUUUGAACAUUGUUCUAAAACUACUGUUGAUAAUAUUUGUCAUAUAUAUUAUGGGUUAAUAAAAAAUCUUAAUAUGCUUUUGCCAAACGACAUUUAUAAAACCUCAUCUGAUGAUGAGCAUUAUUGUUUAGUUGGGUCGGUUUUAAAUGAUUUAUC